AAAUAAAACCUCUUAAAUCUAUUAUCACAUCAACCGAAACUACUGAUAGAAUGUUACAUCUAAGAAAAACUACUGAUAGAAUCAAAUCUCUAUAACUUGAGAACGUUAUGAAAUAGAGGAUAGAGAGACAGGAGGCUUCAGAGAAUGGGGAAAGGGGAAGGAGAUGAGAUCUCUUCUGCGAAUCUUCUAUCAUUAGAGAUGGGGUUAGUAGUUUGUAUUCAAAUACAUAUAAAGAAGGAAAGGACCCUGUGCUCUGUUCUUGUUUCUGAUUAUAUGACUUCGUCUCAGUGAGGUUUGAUCGUUUGAUGUUUCGUCCUUUCUGAGCAGAGCUGAUUUAAUAUGGAAACAGGAAAAAUGCCAAAGUUAAUUGUCUCAUAUUUACAUCCACAGAUUUAGUCUAUUGGGAGAAAGGGCCCUAUUGCAAGCUUUAUGGACUGUUUUCCCACCCCAACGAGUUUGAAGGAAAAGCCAAGUGGUAUUUUUUCAAUCCAGAGCGUUUCCUGUUUCAAGCAACCUGUUGAAUCACCAGCACUAGGUAGAUCUAGCUGUCUUUGUUCAGAGUCUCCGGGAGGUUGAAUGCUUGUUGCAAGUGUAUAUCAAGGUGUUCCUGAUGGUUGCUCGUGCAUAAUUCCAAGUUAGCACGCUACAUCAUUUAUAGAAUUACUUCCUUUCUAUAAGGGGUCAGAGCCAGAAAUUUCAGCAAAAGUGGCAAUUCAGGAAAAGAGGCAGCCAGUUUGAUUCUUCUGAUGAUGAAGUUGAGCCAAGUUCUACUGAUGAUGAACCAGUUUUCAAGAAGCACAGAUUGAUUUCUGAUUGGAUUUUGCCCAAACCCAAUGAAUUAGGUGAAAUCACCGGCUGCCAACUGAAGGGAAGACAUUAUUCUGGUACAGGGGUUGAUUUUAAAGCUAAGAUAGCUAAUAAAAUGCAUACCGGAUUGAACAAGAAGGGACGUGAUUCAGUAUACAGGGAGAUGAGGGGGAAAUUUUGUGAGGAAGACCAUAGAAAGAACAACAGCAUUGAGCAAGAGACAACCACACUCAGUGAUACUCAUGCUUUCAUGAAAUCCAUAAUAGAGGAGUUGAAAGUUGCCAGAGAGAACAUGCUUUCAUGGAUGAGAGAGGAGAUAAUAAAGGUCAUGGCUGAUGAUGAUGAUGUUCAAGAGCGAAAUGCCAUAGCAGGAAAUCAUCAACAGGAUAUGAUCAAAGUACAGUCUCAGAACAGCUCUGAGUCAGGAUCAGAGGCUCAAGCUUGCAAAUGGGAAACCUUGGUGGGGUCUGUAAAGCGAAAAUGGACUAUUGGUUCUCGUGAAGGCUAUGAUGUCCUUGAAAAUCAGUACUUCCACAAACCUGUUGAAUCUGUCAAAGCAUUGGAAACAAAGAGAAAGAAGUUUGUGCCAUCUGUUAAACAAACCUCUUUAUUGGUUAGUCCUGAUCAGGAUGCUUCUAAGAACUUCAUUCUACCUACUUCCCUGCCUGCUGCAUAUGAUGAAAACCAGAACUUCAAUUCUUCAUCUAACUAUUUUCAACCAAUAGUGGCUGGGAAUAAAGUUGGUGUGAAUACUGGAAAUAAAAGGUGGACACCACAUGAUUCAAGCAUACAUUCUAGAAGUUCAUUGGGGUUCCAGCCAGAAAAUUCUGGACAUACUGCUCAGAUAGCUUCUGAUCAAGAUAUUGAUCAUAUUGGCCAAAACAAGUUAAAUCCAGUUUCAAGAUUUGGAGCCAGGUUUCCUAUUCCACUUCAUCAUGGUUUUGAUGGAGUUCUUAAGACACAGGCCCAACUUAUACGUAGUCCAUCUCAUGUCCAGGGCAGCAUAUCAGAUAUCAGCAGUGAUGGAGGUAUGAGAAACCAUGGUAUAUCAGAACUCUACAUGGCUAAUAAUCUCCAGUCAUUUGAAUUCUGAUGCUGGUGCUGAUGCACUAACUCAAGGCUAUUUGAUUCCUAGAUCUCAAAAAGAGUUGGUUAUACAUGAAAUAGAGUUUCAAGAGUAAGUUCUUCAACUAUUGAGCCCUACUGCAGUCUUGUUCUCCCCUCUAAAUUACAGCACAAAAUAGAGCUCAUUUCCAUUGUUUUGGCCUGUGGGCAAUUUCAAUUAAGGGACGGUGAACAAGACGAUUGCCUGGUCUAAUGAACGACCGGGAUCAAUGUCUCAGAUAUGUACCCUUCUUGUGUGGAAAAUAUUUUGUUAUCAAAUUUGGUUUGAUCUGCUAUUUAUGUUAUACA